CCCUCCCCGCGGCCGCGCCGUUCCGGCUCCCGGGCUCCGCCUGUGCGCGGCCUCCUCGGCGCAGCCAUCCUCGCGUCCGCCGAGGGCGGCAAAAGCCCACGGCAUCUGCCAUUUGUCAUUCAGCCCGUCGGUACCGCCCCACGCCUUGAUUUAAGCCCGUGUGGGGCGGAUUCUGGCCUCACUCUCCUGGAGAGCGGACAGACAGACGGGCGGACGGGGCGGCUCUCCUUGCAGCCGCUCGGACCGCGGGGCCUUGGCGCACGGGGCGCUUCCCUGGGUCGCCGUCAUGGCCGCGGAGGCGGCACGCCCGAGCUGCCGCGCUUGAGUUCCGGGGGGCUCCGGACCCUGCAGGCUUCGUGACAGAACGUGUCUCGGUGUGGACAUUUCAUUGAUCCUGGAUUUAUUGUGUUCCUGUCUCUAAGGUUUUUCCCUGCCUACUCGAGGGAACAUAGUCAUCAUUGGCUUUUGAUUGCUCUCACAUCUGGUGUGGCCUCUGUUUCAGGUCACAUCUGAAACUCCUCUGGACCCCGAAAGGUUUGAGGCCUCAAACCUUCUGAGAGGACUCCCUGACUGUCUUGGAGCUGAUGUUUCCUGUCACCGAUCUGGUGACCCAGGACGUGCCCCAGCUCUAGUGAUGCAGUCUGCCUUUCUGCUCGGGAACAUCAUCUGUGCCUCAGACUUGCUCCUCUCAGCCUGAGACCGCGUGGAAACUGGGAUGUAGGAUGCAGGAAGCAGAGAUAGUGGUAACCCAGAGGCCCAUGUCUGGGUAGAUCCAGAUGGCACAGAGUUUGGUCAGCGCAUCUGAAAAGGAAAGUGUGAGAGACAAAACCCAUGGCUACCUACCCCUGUCAGUUAUGUGGCAAGACGUUCCUCACCCUGGAGAAGUUCACUAUCCACAGUUAUUCCCACUCCAGGGAGCGACCUUACAAGUGCUUGCAGCCAGACUGUGGCAAAGCCUUCAUUUCCAGAUAUAAAUUAAUGAGGCAUAUGGCUACACAUUCACCCCUGAAAUCUCACCAGUGUGUUUAUUGUGAGAAGACUUUCAACCGGAAAGACCACCUGAAGAACCACCUCCAAACCCACGACCCCAACAAAAUGGCCUUUGGGUGCGAGGAGUGUGGGAAGAAGUACAGCACCCUGCUGGGCUACAAGAGGCACCUGGCCCUCCACGCGGCCAGCAGUGGCGACCUCACCUGUGGGGUCUGCGCCCUGGAGCUGGAGAGCACGGAGGUGCUGCUCGACCACCUCAAAGCCCACGCCGAAGAGAAGCCCGCGACUGGAGCCAAGGAGAAGAAGCACCAGUGCGACCACUGCGAGAGAUGCUUCUACACCCGGAAGGAUGUGCGGCGCCACCUGGUGGUUCACACAGGCUGCAAGGACUUCCUGUGUCAGUUCUGUGCCCAGAGAUUCGGGCGCAAAGACCACCUCACGCGUCACACCAAGAAAACCCACCCACAGGAGCUGAUGAAGGAGAGCCUGCAGGCUGGAGACCUUCUGAAUACUCUCCAUGCUCUCUCUCCCCAGUUCCAAUUGAAGGCUGCCCCUCUGUCUCCUUUUCCUAUAGGGGCCCCUGUGCAGAAUGGGCUUGCAGGUAGCUUGCCAGCUGAGGUACACACCCUCAAUGCCUUGGAUCAGUCCACCCAGCCUAUACCAGUGCUGUCAGAGCUCCUGGCCCCGCUCCACCCCAUGGCCGGCCCCAGCUCUCCCCCGGCACCCCUCCAGAAUCACAAGUACAACACUGGUUCUACCUCAUACCCCCCACUGGCAGGCCUGCCCAUCAAAACAGAUACUAAAGGAUUUUGCAGUGCCAAUUUGCUUGAGGACUUGCCUCUGCAAGAGCCUCAGUCACCUCACAAGCUCAGUGCAGGUUUUGACCUGGCUAAGGGAGGUGCAGGUAAAGUAAACCUGCCCAAAGAGCUAGCUGCAGAUGCUGUGAACAUAUUACCUGCCUCUCUGGACCUCUCCCCUCUGUUGGGCUUCUGGCAGCUGCCCCCUCCUGCUACCCAGAAUGCCUUUGGGAGUAGUGGUCUCGCCCUGGGGGCUGGGGAAGCUCUGCCGCAUAGGCUGGGCUGUCUGGGGCAGCAGCCCCAAGACCCCUCACUAGCCAUGAGCACUAUGAGCCUGGGCCAGCUCCCCCUCCCGCCCAUCCCCCACGUUUUCCAGGCUGGCACUGGUUCAGCUAUCCUGCCUCAUUUCCACCAUGCAUUCAGAUGAAUGGCUUUUGUUUUUUUAAGCAUACUUUUCUUACUCUGAAAGAUAUUUUGAGAAGCAUUUUAAACAUCAGCUAUGAUAAUACAAGGAAAGAUUUAGGAAGCAGGACUGGAAUAUGGCUUAUUCAGUGAUGACUAGCUUGAGAGGAGAGAGUUCUCGAACUGCAUGUAUUGUGCCAAUCUGUCCUGAGUGUUCAUGCUUUGUACCAAAUUUAAUAAGCAAGUAUUCUUCAAUGGAACUGCAACCAUUAUCAUAACCGACAUCCAUAGAGGGCUGCUAUAUAUUAGUGUAGCUAUAUAUUGGUGUUUGUCAACUUAAUCGUAAGCCAUCAUCAUAAUAAGCAACUUUAUGUUAGCUAAGCAACUUUAUGUGGCACUGCCUAGUAAGGGAACUAUGGCAAGGUCUGGAUUUUUCCAAAAUGGGAGGCUUUUUAACAUAAGAAAGUAAUCUUUAUAUCGCAUAUAUUAUCACUAGGCUGCGUAUUUCUUUUCAGGGAUUUUUCUAUCUUCAGGGUUGGAUGUAGUUUAGUUACUAUUGCCAUAGCCAACCUGUAGUUUUACAGAAACAAUUUCUUGUGGAAUAAUAGACGUCUUCAUUUUAAAGCAUUUUAAAUGUAGUUUGAAUAUUUUCCACAGGAUGCUACAAUGUGAGUUAUCACUUCAUUUAUCUUAAAGACUAAACUGUCAGUUAUAUCUGACAGAAAAAAAAAAAUCACUGUGUAACCAGGUUAAGUGGUAAAAUAAUCCAGGCGUCAGUCAAAAUAAGCAUUUUACUGACUUUAAUAUUGAUUAUAUUUUUAACAGGAAUUUAAGAAUAUUACUGGAAUUUAAAAGUAUAUAUAUAUCUAUCUAUUAAGCAAGAAUUUCUUUUGCUCUGCUCUGUCUGGCUUAAAAUACUACUCUGCUUAAGUAUUUUUAAUCACCAAUAAGUAAACGCAUUUUAAAAUUCAUCAUUUAAGUCAAUAUUAGUUUUAUUCACAAAAUAUAGCAUUUUACAAUGUAACUGUAAUCUAUCUCUGGAAUUUGGUAUCUAAUGAGUUUUUAAACUGUAAAACCUAACCUUUUUUUAAAGCUCCUCUGUCUUUUGUGUUUAGAGGCUUUCAAUAUGAAGAUAUAUCUUACAUAUAAUAAAUAAAGUACACAUUCAGCAAA